AUGGCUAGUGAUGAGAGUUUCAUAGUACUGGUUCAUCACAGAGGAUCGAUUAAGAGGAAAAUACAGUCUGGUGUGAAGUUCACCGACAAGGAUCCUCUCAGUAUAUUUAUGAGGCCUACGACGAGCUAUGAUGACCUGGUUAAUUCUGUGCUACAGAAACUUGGUCUGGAAGGCGUCAAACGGGUUAAAAAGUUUUUCUAUCAGAUUCCGAUCUCGGUGCUACAAGAAAUCGUGAAGUAUGAUUGUUUCACGAUCGGGAGUGAUGAGGACUUACAGGUCACGUUUCAUUGUCGUCGACAGUUUUCCGAAGUUAGGACACCUGAACUGUUGGCGAAGUUGGUUGAUGUCGUAUCCAGCUCAGAGGGUUCGAACCAGAAUACCCACACCGUAGGCACAGUAGCGGGUUCUAGCUCCAGACCUGUUAGUGCAUGUUCGUUCGCCCUUGUGCAUGAACCUCCGGUCGAGCCUGUCGCCUCCCCUCCGUUCGCUGUUGAUCUCAACUGUAAUGGAGGCGGGGAGGUUGGAAUAGGGGAUAUUGUGCCGACCUCUUUACAGUGUGCUGCACCGCCUGGCCUGGGCAAUGCAUUGCUGGCAAAUGUAGACGACGAUGAUAUGGAGUCGGAUAUCAUUGCUGAUGACAGCUGCAAUGAUAUUGGAGUGAGUGGGCUAGCUGGGGCGGGAGCUGGUUCUAGCUCUGGCACACAGCAGUACCCUCCGUACUUUUCAGCUUUAGACUUGGAUGCCAUGAGACAGGAGGGGGUUCCUGGGGAGCCUGCUGGAUUUUGUGCUAGAGAUGUCGAAGGGUCUUCAGGUCUGACAGAGUUUUAG